GCAUUAUGUCGGAAAAGGGAAACUCGGUCGGUGCAAGGUUUCAAAGGAUGUCACACGAUAAUCGAAAUAUUCCUUCAAUCGGUAAAACUCUAAGUUCUCUAACCGAUAGAAGAUCAUGUCUGACAAAGUCACAACAGAAGUCGUCUGUGUCGAAAAUAUCUGCGAACAAGAAGAAAGGAAAAUGGACGAGUAACUCGACCGCGAAGUAUCAACACGCGAUAAGUAUUCCUAUUAAAGAUGAAACUAUAAAAGUAAAAGCCGUUGAAUCCAAAGGAUACACGGAUUCCAUCGGCAACAGAAGCUACGAAGAUACGAUUGACGACGAUCCAAUUACUAUGUUGCGCAAAGAAAUGCAAGAUUGGAGAAUUAAUGAACUAUUAACGUCUAGAACUGAAGAGAAACUUACUGGAACACCGAGUGAACAACGUAGUUACAAUUACAUCUCAUCCGGAGAAACCACGAAGAGGCAGCAAAGUUCUAUCGAUGUUUCCAAGGCUUCUACAAUGCGUGCGAAUUUGCCGGCUACGUGAGUAUUAAUUUUUAUGCAUGUUUAUUUAUGCCAUUUGUGCAAUUUUAUCAAUGUAGAUUCGCAUUUAAACGCAGAUUCAUGGCAAAUUAAUAUUAAUGCAAUUUUUACGUAAUCCUGAAUGGAAGGAAUUCGCAUUCCAUAAAUUUGAAUCACAAAUCAGGCUGCAUUGUGCUUCUGUCAUUGGACAAGCAUAAUGCUUCUUCGU